CUCGUCCCUAUAUAUCCACACGGACGGACCCCGCGCCUCUCUGUGCCCUCCGAAACCGAAACCCGAGCCAAAGCCAAAACUACACAGACGCGCAUGCACGCGGCGCCGGUCAGAUCAUGACCUUCCCGCUGGUCUGCUACUGCAACGCGGUGCCGCGCCCCGUGGCCGCGCUGUUCAAGCUCCUCCACGCCGUGGCGCUGGUGUUCGUGCUGGUGCUCUGCUUCCUCGGCCUCUACGAGUUCCCCUACGACCCCGAGGACCACGCGCCGGUCAUCAACGGCCCGCCCCGCCGCCCGCGUGGGGACGCCCCGAGGCCGGAGGCGGUGAAGCAGCGCCUCCCGCUCGUCGAGUUCCUGGAGCUGUCGUCGUCAUCGUCGUCGUCGGGGGCGGCGGAGCCGACGUGCCGGGUGUGCCUGGAGAGGCUGGAGGCGACGGACGAGGUGCGGCGGCUGGGCAACUGCACCCACGCGUUCCACACGCGCUGCAUCGACCGCUGGAUCGACCUGGGCGAGGUGACGUGCCCGCUGUGCCGCUCCCACCUGCUGCCGCGUCGACGCGCCGGCAUACUUGGCAUGGGCAUGGCACGCCUCGGCUAGUCGUCCGUCCGUGUUCGUCCCUGAUUCAUUCUCUUGCCACGUAAGAUACGUGCCCGCGUGGUUGGCUUCAGGCCGCGCGGCCGGUACGCGUACAGAUGCCACUGGUGCCGGAUAGGGGCGGACCAACCGCGAACUGAUUGCGCGCGAUUAGGACGACGAUCGACUAACCACCACCCUGAUGUUGUUGUGUCGAUGGAUGGGCGCAAGACAAAUUAACUGGAGGUUGGCAUAAAGCAUACUUGACGCGAUAUAUUAUUGUGUGCCGGCGUUGGACGGGCAACGCUCUUGUAUUAUUAUAUAUCAGAAGAAAAUCAAGUUACAAACUGUUUUGGCUUCGGGGCGCAACCGUGCAAAUGAUGUCCACGCCGGCCAGUAAUUUGGUGCCUGCUCUGGUGUGUGGAGCGUUCAGCUUCAGAGUAUUGUUUAAAUCAUUAUUUGGAAAAUCAUUCAAAUAAAAAUCAUUUUUAAUA